AUGUCACAACAAUCCCUCUCAAGUCCCUCCAACGAGGUCUCCAGUGAGCGUUACAAGCGCAUUUUCCAAAAGUUUGCCUCUGUCGAGAAGAACGGCGAAAAGUUUAUGACCAAGGACGACUUUGUCAAUGCGAUUGCACCCGGCGAGGACUACUCAAAGCUCCAGAAGGCCCAGUACGGCAUCCUUUUCAGUGUUGCCGAUCAGUCGAAGAGCGGCGUUCUGUCCAUGUCUGACUUCACUGUCUUUGAGAACCUCCUCACCCGUCCCGAUGCCGACUACGAGAUCGCCUUCAGACUUUUUGAUACCGCUGGAUCAGGCAAGAUCACCCGGGAACAGUUCAAGCAGAUCCUCUCAGCCAACAUUGGAAAGGACGCCAUCCCCUUCGACUUUGAGUGCGAGUGGCUCAAGCUCUACACCGGAGGAAAGACCGCUGCUCACGAGAUGCCCUACAAGGAGUUCACCCAGCUCCUCAAGGGCCUCCAGGCUGAACGCCUUCGCCAGGCAUUCAAGUACUAUGAUACCCAGACCAGCGGCUACAUUACCCCCGACGAGUUCAAGAAGAUCAUGGUCGAUAUCGCCGGCCACAAGCUCUCCGACCACGUCCUCGAUAACUUGCCUACCCUCAGCAAUGUUUAUGCCGGCAACAAGAUUUCCUUCGCCAACGUCAUGGCCUUCUACAACGUCAUCCGCGAAAUGGACAUGGUCGAGCGUGUCGUCCGUUCCGCCGUCACCACCAGCAAGGACGGCACCAUCACCAAAGCCGAUUUCUUGCACACUGCCGCCAAGGAGACCCGCUUCUCUCUCUUCACCCCCAUGGAGGCCGAUAUCAUCUUCCACUUUGCUGGCCUUGAGAACGCCUCAGGCAAGUUGACCCUCCGCGAUUUCUUCCGCCUCCUCGAGUCCAAGUGGGAGCACGCCGCCCCCGUCGCUGCCCCCGCCCAGCAGCCCGAGAUCAAGCACGGCGUCAUGCACGACUUGUUGAAGGGAUCAUACGGUUUCUUGCUGGGAUCCAUCAGUGGAGCUGUUGGUGCAACUGUUGUCUACCCUAUCGAUCUUGUCAAGACCCGCAUGCAGAACCAGCGUUCCAAGGUCGUUGGUGAGCUCUUGUACAAGAACUCCAUCGACUGCUUCAGGAAGGUCAUCAAGAACGAGGGCGCCUUGGGCUUGUACCGCGGUCUUGGCCCUCAGUUGGUUGGUGUUGCUCCAGAGAAGGCUAUCAAGUUGACCAUGAACGACUUUGUCAGAAGAAACCUUACCGACAAGAACGGAGACAUCACGUUCACCGCCGAGUUGAUUGCUGGAGGUGUUGCUGGAGGUUCGCAGGUCGUCUUCACCAACCCCCUGGAAAUUGUCAAGAUUCGUCUUCAGGUCGCCGGUGAGGCCGCAAAGUCCUUGGAAGCUCCUCGCCCCGGUGCCAUCGCCAUUGUCCGCAACCUCGGAAUCAUUGGUCUUUACAAGGGAGCUAGCGCUUGCUUGCUCCGUGAUAUCCCCUUCUCUGCCAUCUACUUCCCUGUCUACGCUCACUUGAAGAAGGAUCUCUUCCACGAGGGUCCCGACCACCGCCUGGCCAUCAGCGAGUUGUUGAUCGCCGGUGCCGUUGCCGGUAUGCCCGCCGCCUACUUCACUACCCCUGCUGAUGUCAUCAAGACCCGUCUCCAGGUCGAGGCCAAGAAGGGCCAGAGCAGUUACAACGGUAUCAGAGAUGCCGCACGGAAAAUCUACGCUGAGGAGGGUUUCCGCGCCUUCUUCAAGGGAGGUCCCGCCCGUAUCUUCCGUUCAUCACCCCAGUUUGGUACCACCUUGAUGGUUUACGAGGUUCUCCAGCGUGCCUUCCCCUUCGAUGGCCCUGCUGCCUCUACAUUGACUCAUGUCGCUGCCCCUGCUGAGGACUUGAGCUACCUCCAGUCCAAGAACGCGCUCAAGAUCCUUUUGGACGUCCACUACAAGUUUGGCAUUGUCCCCUCCAAUGUCAGCAUUCCUGGUGUUGCCCGCGCAUAG